GGGAAAAAAAAGAAAAAAAAGGCGGCUGGCAGCCCGGCUGCCGCGUGUCCCUCUCAGCGCGCCCCGCCCCGCCCCCCCCGGCAUGCCCGGCCCUGCCGCCGCUGCUUGAGCUGCUGCUGCGGCGGUACCGGUGCCAAUGCCCGGCCGCAGGCGGGGGCCGCGGGCUCGGGCUGCCCCGAACAAAGAGCGGGGCGGGGCCGGGGGGCCCGGGGCGCCGGCGAUGGAAGAUGGCCGGGAGCGCCGCUGCGGAAGAAGCAUUUGUCUGGAGUAACGAUGCAUCAGCUCAUUCUCAGACUGUUGCCAAGGCCAAGUACAACUUUUUAUUUGGUUCAGACAAAGAAAGACCUUCAGGAAUGGGUGGCCAUGGAGGUAGCACUCUGCUCCCACAGACCGUCAUCAAUGAAUUUCCAGAGUAUGGGACAAUGGAGCAGCAAGGUGUGGAAGCACUGAAGUCUUCGUGUGAGCUUCAAGCAGAGGCUGUAACGUGCAGUCCAGGGAGGUGGGAAGGGGAAACAUUGCCUUGCAAAUCUUGUCCCAAGAAUGGCACUUACGAAGAUGAGUCAAGAUCUUGCACUGAGACAUUGCAGCAGUCCUCUGAAGAAGAAACUUUGCAACCUGAUGAGACACAGACUGAAAUGAUGAGAAGUUCUCAAGGGCUGGAAACUGCAAAGGAACCAAAGGGAGUGAAAACUACUCUUGGUUCAGAGAGACAAAUGGAAAAAGAAAGGAAUAUUGGCAGCCAAAACUUACAGACAGCCAGAGAACUGGUUUCAGCAGUCCAAGAAAAACCCUCAGACAUGCCUCCUCUGUCUGAAGUAACAGCUGAGGAAGAAUUAUAUUUGAUCACAGAGAACGAUUUGGCUUUAGUGUUGGGAAGAGAAAAGCGGUCGGAGUCCUUUCAAAUUAUCAGUAAUAAAACGGGGGAGGAACACGAAGUGCAGGAGUCCGGCUGUGGUAGACCAUCCCUGAUGAACCUGCAAGCAGACCGCAGAGUAGAAGGCACUGUUGGCAUUCUUGGGGAGGGUUGGGUUGAUUUUGAGAAGGAGUUUUCAGCAUACGAGCCAGGUGAAAAGCAAGUAGGUCCUGAGAGGAGGAUAUCGAAAGAGGCAGCUGCGAGCAAGCAUGUAGAAUUUCGAGGGGUGGAGAUCUUAUGGUUGCAGAAAGCAGAAGGGCAGCAGGGCAUGAAACAUUCAGUCCUAGAGGCUAACGCACCCUCACAAAAAACUGUGUGUGUGGAAAGUAAGCCAUUUUCCAUAGAACCAAGCUACCCUUUUCCAUCCAUGGUCUCCUCAGGGCAUGUCACGUUGCCUGAGGAGGUUUGGAAUGAAGCCUGGAAAGAUGUGAAACCAGGAACUGGUUCUGAGGCUGUUUCUCCUACUUUGCUGGCCAAAGGUGAGGAAGAUGAAGUCUUUAUGAAGGAAAAGAAGAAACAUGCUGAAGAGAGGAUCCCCAGGUCUGACAGCGGCAAGGAAAGGAUCAUGGAGGAGGUAGACGCAGCCAUGGGAGGAUAUGAAGAUGUCCUUGGACAAAGGCAUGCAGAAGCCUCGACUGAUGUGUACAGCUCACAGUUUGAAAACAUUCUAGACAAUGCGUCUUUAUAUUAUAGCGCAGAAUCACUGGAGACGUUAUACUCUGAGCCCGAUAGCUACUUUAGCUUUGAAAUGCCACUCACUCCAAUGAUCCAGCAACGUAUGAAGGAAGGCAGUCAGUUUUUAGAAAGGACUUCAGCUUCAGGGCAGCAAGAUGCCUUUAAGCUUCCCACAGAUGGUGAGAGUAAGAGUCAUUGUGGAGGAAUCUCCAAUGGCUUCAGGGAAGUAAGUGGCACACUCUUCAAAGGAGACGUCACCGAGGUUACUCAUCUGGAAAGCAAUGCUGGACUGAAGAACAAGCUCAUAGACUCCAGGUCUGCCAUGGGUAGCAAUGAGUUUCUGGAGAAAGAAGCCACUGAAAACUUAAGCACAGAUCUUAGCAAUGGCACCAACAGCAAUUUGGAAGCAGCCAGAAGACUAGCUAAGCGUCUCUACCAGUUGGACCGAUUCAAGCGUUCUGACGUGGCAAAGCACUUGGGUAAAAACAAUGAGUUCAGCAAACUUGUGGCAGAAGAAUAUCUCCAGUUUUUUGAUUUCACGGGUAUGACGCUGGAUCACUCACUCAGGAGUUUCUUUAAGGCCUUUUCACUAAUCGGAGAAACUCAGGAAAGAGAGAGAGUUUUAAUCCACUUUUCCAACAGAUAUUAUCAGUGUAACCCCAAUACUAUUUCAACUCAAGAUGGAGUCCACUGCCUCACAUGCGCGAUGAUGCUGCUUAACACGGACCUGCAUGGCCAUAACAUUGGGAAGAAGAUGACCUGUCAAGAAUUCAUCGCCAACCUUCAGGGCAUGAAUGAUGGAAAGGACUUUCCCAAGGGGUUGCUGAAGGCUCUCUACAAUUCAAUCAAGAAUGAGAAGCUUGAGUGGGCAGUAGAUGAAGAAGAGAAAGAGAAAAAAAAAUCUCACACAGAUGGUACUGAUGAAAAGGAUAAUGGCUCCCACCCAAAGGGUGUCAAUCGGAUUGGAAAUUCCAAUAACCCAUUCCUAGAUAUUCCCCAUGACCCUAAUGCUGCUGUUUAUAAAACUGGAUUUCUGGCUCGGAAAAUCCAUGCAGAUAUGGAUGGAAAGAAAACUCCCAGAGGGAAACGUGGCUGGAAGACCUUUUAUGCUGUUCUGAAGGGAACAGUGCUCUACUUGCAAAAGGAUGAAUAUAAACCAGAAAAGGCUUUGUCAGAGGAAGAUCUUAAAAAUGCAGUGAGUGUACACCAUGCAUUAGCAUCAAAGGCAACUGACUACGAGAAAAGGCCUAAUGUUUUAAAGCUCAAAACAGCUGAUUGGAGAGUCCUGCUUUUCCAAGUCCAAAGUCAAGAUGAAAUGCAAACCUGGAUUGACAAAAUCAACUGUGUUGCAGCUGUCUUUUCUGCACCUCCGUUUCCAGCUGCUAUUGGCUCUCAGAAGAAGUUCAGCCGCCCGCUUCUGCCUGCCACCACGACAAAGCUCUCUCAGGAUGAACAGCUAAAAUCACAUGAAGCCAAGCUGAAGCAGAUCUCGACUGAGUUAGCUGAACAUCGCUCCUACCCGCCAGACAAGAAACUGAAGGGCAAGGAAGUGGAUGACUACAAACUGAAAGAUCAUUAUCUGGAGUUUGAGAAAAUUCGCUAUGAGAUUUAUGUUACCCUUCUGAAAGAAGGGGGGAAAAUGCUGCUGAGCAGUAACGAGAAUGAUGGGCCAGGACUGAAGAAAUCUCACUCAAGUCCUUCCUUAAAUCAGGAGUCCCCAGUUAGUGCCAAGGUGAAGCGAAACGUCUCAGAGAGGAAGGACUACAGACCGGAAACACCCAGCAUUAAGCAGAAGGUCACUUAGGGUGCAUGAGACAGCAGGAGGAACAGCCAUGCAGUAAAAUGCCGGUGGUGGUCAAACAUUUCCUUUGAUAACCUGUCAUUCACAAAAACAAAUGCAUCUGCCUGAAUGGGGUGUUAGUGACAUUUUCUAUUGUAUAUUUUGUUGUUCUUGUACAGAUUGUGGGAGAUGUCUUUGCUCCUGACUUGCUUUGCCUUGUUAAUUUAUCAGUUAGCAAUUGAAGUUCCUCUUCUUAUGUUCAAGGAUUGGGAAGGGGACUAGGACUUUGUUUCAUGUUGCUUCCCCUUUUACCUUUUUCCAUUGGCACAUGACUUUCAUCUCAAGUCACUUGUGACUUUUCUGUGGUGGGUGGGAAAAGUAACUGGAUGAGUGUUGCAGCCCAGUGAACUCCAGCUGCAGCUACACACAAAUUUUGUACAAGAAUUGUUGCACAGCUGCAGAGGUAGGGCUGGCCACUCGCAGCUAGAGGUCAGUUAAAAUCUGACACUGGGAAUAGAGAUUUCCCAAUGAUGCAAAACAUGUUGGUACUUGUGCUCAGUGUUGGGAGCUGUGUAAAUAGACAGGUUACAAUAUUGCAUUCAUGCUAGACCUGUAAAUAGUAAGGGGCUAAACCUGAAAAUUGUUGGGAAUGUUGAGAUUCCCAGUAGGGUUUCUUUUUCGUCUUUCAAAACAAAAGCUUGGGGUACCAGGCAGAGGAAAACCCACUGCCAUGUUUCUCUUGGUGGUUAGAGAAGAUUCAGCCAUUUAUCAAGCAGUAACCCAUUGUAGAGGUCAACCUUUCACCUUAUGUUUAAGAAGCAAGAGGUAUCCAUGUAUUUCUUAAAACCUGUUGUCUCAUAGCUGCUAUAUAGAGAGCCUUAAUGUACAUUGUGCAGCUGCACUUUUUUCCCCUUUCCUAAAAUUGCUUCCUGUUUAGUAUGUGCAGGUGGCCUGCAUUCUCUCUGAUAUCAGCUGAGUGUUCUUUUUCUCUUGAGAAGGGAAUCCUCCCCAAUGAUCCCUUUUAGUUUCAAUCACUCUUAGGAAGUUCGUGUUGGAACAGAAGUCCUCAUGUCUUAGGGACUUGAUAAUGGAAUUGAAACUUUUUCUUCUGAGGGCCAGAUACUGUCCCUGUUAUAGCCUCCCCCUGCCUAGCAGCCAGAACAAAGCAGCCAUAGAGUCAGCCAACCCCACCCCCCUGAAAUCAUCCAGCAUGGCCACUUCUGCCUAAUCCCUGCUUCUGCCUUCUGUACAGGAACCUGGGCUCAGGGAGAGGGACAAGGUUUCAUUCUGUAGUAUUUUGCCUAGCACAGUUCAUUCCGCCUGUGAGCUCUAGUCCUUAAUGUCCAGAGGCAGGCCAUCUUAACAGCUACUGUAUUAAGUAGCCUAUAAAGAAACAUGCUGGUGCUUUUAGAUCAAUUCUUAUGAGGGCAGGUAUUUACACGACAGAGAUCACCACUCAAGUGGGUAGGCAGGCUCCACAGAGAGGCCAGAACCAGUCGGUCAUGGAAACCAGCUUACUCUAGACUACUGAGCUGCCAGACAAGCAGACAGCUGAGGGAGGAUAAAGACUUUAUGGAGCAGCUAAAUCAUUUUUCUGUGCCAGUUUCCCUUACAGUAGACAGCUAUGAGAUCACUACCCCUGUGCUAUGCUAGUUGCGGACUGCUACAAAGAUGCUGUACCACCAGUGGCUGUAGGAUUUGGUGAGGAGGUGGUGGAGCAAAUGAAUCGUAGUUGCAGUCAGUCAGCACAAUGAGAGGGUACUGAUUCCAACAGUUUUGACAGGAUUUAUGAAGUCACAGAAUUGAUAACAAAUGUAUGUAAUCUGUUGUGUGCUAGAAAUCUAGGGCAGGGCUGUCUAAAUUCUAAGUGCCCGGGGAACAUGUGCCCCACUAGGCUGCAUCAGUGGAGGCAGCAGCAAGGUGAGCCACUGGCCCUUUGGGCUGCAUGCCACUUGGGUGACACACUGCUGCAUGUGAUACCCCCACCAAACUGCUCUGUGCAUACAUGCCCAUGGGCAGCCACUGCACCAUGCACCCAUGGGUGCCUCUCACUCCCAGCCACUGCACUGUGUGCCCACACAGCUCUGGCCUUACCCUCAGCUCUUCAUGCUGUGCUGCUCUGCCGUGCCCCCUGGGGCAGGGCUUGGAAGUGUAAGUUGGAGGGGGAGGGAGAGCCUAGAGACGGUAGCUCCUGCUGCAGCCAGAGCAGUAGGGGAGUAAUGGCUGGACAGAAGGGUAAGGGUCAUAUUUUAACUGCUUGCGGGCCGCAAGCUGUCAGUUGGACAGUCCCGAUCUAGAGGGUAGCUAAUAUCUUGCCCAUCUUUAAAAUUAAUACUGGGGUGGACUGUGGGAUUUGAAGAGCUGCCAGUAGAGAUGGCUGACAUUUUCCCCAUUUGUUCUUUUUUUAAUUUUAAGUUUGAACUGAAGCACACACAGAAGUGCUGACCUAUGGAAGAAUGUCUUCCUGAAUGAAAGCCAAAGAUAAAUGCAUAAGCAGCAUGCCGGGAGAUGAAGUUCAGUGUAGACAGGUGCACGGUAAUGCACAUUAGAAGGACUUAUUUGAAUUACUCACUGUUGUGUAGUAGAUUAGCUACUCAGGGAAAAAGCGUAGGCAUCCCUGCAGCUGUUCAUUAUGUAGUGGUGGUAUAAAAAAAAAAAAAAAAGAGGUGAGGUUAUAUAGCAAGAGAGAAUAAUCUGGGAAUGUUGAAUGCUGUAAAUAAGGAGGUGAUGUAGCUUUUCUGAGAGUGUCAUUUCACUUCCCAAAAAGGCUACAGCCAAACCAGCAAAAGUCCAGAGCUGCCAUUUGAUCCUUGCUCUGUUACUGGGCCACUACAGCUCUGAGUUGAUCUUGUUGAAUACCCCCACCUGCCUCAUUGGAUUUGCAGACAGUGCAGUGGUUUAAAAAAGCAAAGAUGUGACUUUUGAACUGUUCAGUUCUUGUGACUUUUUUAAAAUACUCCAGCUCCUUCAAGAUUGCAUUGAAAGCUGGUGAUCUUGCAAAAUACUCUGGUACCAAACUGGCUAACUCAUGGUCAUGACCAGGAAACUCAUUGCAGCUGUGGGGAGCAAAAUCCACUUGAAAAGUUGAAGAGAGUGAGUUGCAAAAAUACUUUUUGUUUGUUUAUUUAUAUUUCAAAUGCUAUUUAGUUUUGAUUAUUUAUUGUGCCACUCCAAGGACUGGGAUAUAUUUUGUAAAAUGUAAUGGGUUUUAGUAAAAUGUGAUUUCUUUGAAGUUUUUAGUUAUUAAAUAGUUGCUGGGCUCCAAAUGGUGUUGGUGAGAACUCUGAGGCCUAUGGAUUAGUUAAUUGGCAAUUCGUGAGCUUCUGUUAGAUUUGAAAUUGGCUUUGCUUGAGUCUGUCCCUUUGCUAAUGCCCAAUGUAGCAAGCUCCUACAUGAAUGCUUUGAUAUGCCCAUUGUUUUCCUGAAAGGAGAGAGAAAAGUCUAAGGAAAACCUUUCUGCUUUUGGAACCACUGGCAGAAGCUCACAGACUUCACUGAGGUCCAGAUCAGAUACUGAGUGGCACUUGUAGAUUGCUUUCCUUUUAAUGUUACAGUAUAGUUAGAAAGGGUGGGCCAGAUUCUCAGGAGCUGGAAAUCAGCCUGGAAAACCAGGGAGCUCUGCUAGCACAUGCAUCUCUGGCCUCAUGAUUUCCUGGGAUUUUCUGAGUACACUGUUUUCCUGCUUCUGAAUACUUGUUUAGCAUAUUUGUUUGUCCAGUAUAGUUAUUUAGGCCCUCAGCUGCUUACAUUCCAGCUCAUUUGUGGUGAGGGGAGAAUCACUGCCAGGCUAUUGGUCCCGUGGGGCUGUUAAAAGACCCAGAGGUUAGCAUGCUGCAAGGCAAGCCCAGCCAUUAUCCCAGAUACGCCCCCUGUGCUGACUGCAGGAAGGGGAUGUGAUGUAUGAGUGGGAUGCUGGCUUUAUGUAUAUCAUCCAAGGAGUCCCCUACCAGAGGGUGACUUAAAUAUCUACACCCAGGUGCACUGGCUUGAGGUCUCAGUGACAUGAGAGUAUCAUAUCACUGGCCCAGCACAGGGCUGAAUGUAAGUCCAAACUUGAGUUGGACUGAAGGUUUCUUUCUAUUCUGGCACCAUGUAGCCUAGGUGGCUUGAAGUUCCUGUCAGCCAUGGCUGACAAGGCCAUUCCAAUGCAGGAAGAGCUCUUUUUCUUAGAAUUAACCCUUUGCAUUAUUUUUCCAGGAAUUAAAAACAAAACAUCCUUCCAGGAAUUGCACAGGUAAUCUAUAUAGAGGCAUGACGGUGUUUGCUGAAUGUUUACUGUCACCCAGAUCAGUAGCAACAAGCUGCAAGUUAGGAUAAAACAAAGCUGAAACUCUAGGGUGCCUAGACAUGAGCUGGGAGGUGGGGGGGCAGGGCAGUGCAUUUUAAUUAGAGCAGCUCUUUGACUUUUCCAAGGCUUCUCUCCUAUGGUCCUCAGCAACACCUCUCACUGGCAUCCUAGGAUGAAUGUGUGAGGGUGUCAGGAUCAGGCCUAUGGUAGGCCAGGCCAUCUCUGAAGCCUUGUGCUUAGUUUACGCAUCUGGGGCUGGAUUAGCAGCUCUAGCUAGGCAGAGGAUGAGGCUCCCAGUGGGUCCUGCUGACAGCUGCAAAAUUCCAGUGCUCAUUAGACCCCAGUGCAAGCCUGGGGCUAGGAGGGAAAGAAGUGGCAUGUUCACCUCUCCAUUUUGCUUCCUGCUGAGGGUCUCGUGCCCUCCAUCCAGCUUAAAAGUACCUCUGUUUGCCCCUAGCACAUGCACAAUACUCUGCUCCAGGGAAAGGGAGGUGUUUUGGCAACCUCUAGAGUUGUCCAACCAGCCAAGCUGAGCACUGAGCAAAGGGAGGAGGGGGAGAGCAAAGCUAAAAAGCAGCCACUAUUAUCCCUCAGAGGCACAAGCAACCCAUUACUCACAUUCUCACACCCACAGCUAAUCAAAGGGCCAAAAUGUCAUCCUGGGACCCAGAUCUCACUGUGCUCUGCAUAUAGAUAGGUCUCUGGGAUUGGUUCAUUCUAGGGUCCAUAGCUGAGAAGAGAUUAAUACUACUAGGCUGGAUUGUGAUGAAGUGCCUGUGCGUUUGCAUGUGUGUGCAUGUGCACAUAUUUGGAACAUGGAUAGGGUGACCAUGCAUCCUGGUUUGGCUGGAACAGUUCUAGAUUUUGGAGCACCCCAGGUGCAGGGCAGGGAGGUGGAAGUGGCAGGAGCCAUGAAAUGGGAAGGUGUAGUAGACAGCAAAAUUGCCCUAAAAUAGGUUGGCAUGAUUAAUGGAAUGACCAUUAAAUAGGGGAGAUAAUUGUUAACACCUGUGAAGUAAACAAGAAUGGGUCAUUAACCUGCCAUUGACUCCCUUAGCUGCCUGAAUAGUAAUACCAGAGCUGUACCACCACUGCUGGCCCCUGUCUCUGCCUGCAGCAGCACUGUUGUCUUGAGAGGCGGUGGGGGGUGGGGAGGCAGUGUCAAGGGUUUCGCAGUGUCGCAUAUGGGCACCCUAAGCUUUUCAGACCCAUCUUCUUGUUGUUUCCUUAAUGUUGGGUAGAUUGGUGGUUAAAUCAGCCAGCUAAUCACUGAUGAUGAAUGUGGCUGAGUUUUUCAGGGCUAUAAUUUCCCUACAGUGUAGUUCCCAGCUUUUUUUUUUGAAUAGCUGACUAUUUGGAAAUGGUCAAGAGAUUGUUUCUAAGCAUCACAGUACUCCUUUUGGGAGAGGCAUCUUUCUGCUUGUGUCCGUUUGUGGAUUGAAUGCCUCUCUAGGGAUAGAAGCCUUUUGGAGAGCCUACAAGUCUCCUCUCCUCACAUCAACUCAGGGGGGCUAAGGAGGUUCAAGCCCCACAUUUCUUUGCUGUUUCAGCUUUGUCUUUUUCCAAGGUGAGCAGUAGCAGCUUUUCUCAGACAGUAUUCAUGGCCCAAAGCCAGCAGGUCUUUGGCAGGACAGUCACAUCAGCAACAAGAUGGUGAGAUGCUUAGAAGGAGGGAAGAUGCUGACAGCACCCUUUCGCUUCUGGGAAUUGCACUGGAGUGCUGUUUUGAGAAAUGGGCAACAGCUUUCCCAAAAGGCAGGGAAUUGGCUUUCUGCACCUACAUUCCACAUCCCUGUGAUCAGUUUUGCCCUAUUUAUCAUUGCCCAGCUUCCCCUCACCUUUUUCAGGGUGCACCUUUUACUAUCUCAGUGUAUCCUGUGCCCACGGAUGGUUCUCUGUCUCAUUCCUUCCACUGCCACGAAAUGACUUUGACAGCUGUGGUUGGCAUCUUCCCACCAUGAGAGUGCCCAUUCCCUGGCAGUACUGGUACCAGGGGCUACCAAGGUUGACAGGCUCAGCAUCCUGUCCUUUGGUGCUGUGCUCUUUAUUUGACCUGCUGGUCUAGGCUACAUUUCUGAUCACAAGCCCAUCUGGGAGGUGACUAAGGACUUUCAUAGCUGGUCCUCCUCUCGCUGUAGCUUACAGAGACAAAGGGUGCCCACCAUCUUUGCCCCAAAGUUAGACCCAGGAUUAUGUCCCCCCCCUGUGAAUCCCACCAUGAUAUCCCAGUUCUCUUUCCAAAAUCUUACUCUCUCUCAAGCAACAGUAUAAACCAUGUGCUAGUUGUGAAACUAGGGAGAUUUUAUUUUGUUUAGGUCUUGGGUAUUUCAGAAUUGGAUGUUUUGCAGCCUUGGGGAGUCAGUGUAAGAUUGCUAUUUCCACUCAGUCCUCCAGGCAGAUUAGGCAAUGGAUAGAGAAAUUCUAGCUAAGUUGUCAUGAGUCCAGGUUCAAAGGCCUCUUUUGACUGUCUACGGCUUGUGCCAGCAGCAUUUCCAUCCUCUGCUACUUGCUUCUGUGCUUACCCAGUACUGACGUUUCUGCGGGGCAUCUGGAGCUUGGUUUUAGCAGGCUUGGAGCCCUUGUUUAGCUUUCCCCUGGGGGUGCUUAGAUGUGUUUUGCACUGGAUGAGAAUUCCUGAGCUGAGUCUUGUGCAGGUCACCAGAUUGCCCCAGAUGGAAAUAUGCAGAGACUAACUCAAGAAAGAAAAGCAGGUAUUUGCUAUGGUAUCCUUGGUUCCAGGGGGUCAAUUCUUCUGUAUAGGCAUGUGGCCUGCCUGCCUGCCUUGCACUGGGAAGUCUCACAUGGUUCUUAGGUUUAGUACAAGGAAUGGUAGGACUUCGGUCCUUACAGCCCUUGUAACUCUGACCUGAAUGCUUGCUGCAGUGAAAUGGGAUAUGUGCAGCCGCAAGAGGUCCUGCUCUUCUAUUGGAGAGGGCCAGCAGUGAGAAGGAAAUAUCCCACAGGAGCGAGCACAGAAAACAUACAGUGAACCACUGCUCCUCCAGUAGGUAGCCAUUUGUGCCCUACUGAAUUGUUGAUUGUCACUCAGGAGCCUGGAUUUUAUUUCUGGUUCUACCAGUGGCCUGCUAGGUCAUGUUUAUCAAGUCGUUUCAUCCAUGUGCCUCAUUUCCCUCAUCUUAAAAAAUGGGAUAGUGAUUCAGACUUCCUUUGUAAACUGCACUGAGAUCUACUGUUUAGUGCUAUGUAAGAGCCAAGCAUUAUUAGUGUUCUCUGACUGCUCUUCCCCCUAUUCCCAACUCCAACACGUACACAGAGCAGCACUUCUUUUUCAGCAUUAUAGGAAUUAACAGAAGAGCUAGAAAAAUGUAGCAUUAGGAAGCCUUCCUGUGACAUCUAUAGCAAAUGACAGAAGGUUGCUAAUUAGCAAGCGAACAAUCGUUGAAAGGAGCAAGGCUCAUACAUGAUAAAAUGUACCUUGUUCGUUUGUUUUGUCAGCUGCACUGAGUUUAUUUUAAUUAUUUAUUUUAUAACUCUCCAUAGAAUAUUAGUGAUUGUAGGCUAGAGUUUGGCAAAGCAUUUGCCAUUGACUUGACUCUGCUCCCAUAGUUCAAGGGAGUUCAAAAUUGUUACCUGUAUAGGUGGGGUAUUUUGGAAGGCUAGUAACUUAUUGAUAAUGAGAGGCUACCUUGUGACAUCUAAUAUUCAGAUUAAUCUGUGAUUUGGAUAAAUAGAGACCAACAUUUCAUUUGCAGAGAGAUCACAGCGCAUGGCUGAGUAAGAAUUAAUGACAUGCUAGUGCUGUGAUAAGAAAAUAGGGCAGGAUUCUCAUCUGAUUUAACCCAGUGCUAAUUAGUGGUAACUCCAUGAUGACAUACCCAGAUACCGCUCAUGUAAGUGACAUCCAAGCCAGGCCCAAGGCCCAUAUUCUCAGCCUCUUAUUGGUCAAAUUAAAAAAAAAAAAAAAGUAGGCAAAAAGUUUAGUCCCACAAUGAGCCAAAUGAAUCCCUGACAUGAUUCCAUGGCAGUCAGCCAAGUCGCAGUAGAGAUUUAUUUGACUCAGAGCUUUCAUGCGCCUUGAUGAUGCCAUCUGCUGAAAAUAAGGAGAUCCUUUAAAUCUAGCUUGCAGCAUUUGGGGAAAAUGCACAGGGACUUUCAAAAGGCUCAAGUGACUUAAGAGCACAAGUCCCUUUGUCCUUUAGACCUAAGUCACUUCCAGUACUUUUGAAAACCCCUCCUUGAGUUCAACAAAACUGAAAAGUUGGAGGAUGGAAUGAGGGCCAUUUUGUAUUUGUAUCUAUUUCAUGGAGCUUAGAGCUGUGGAUGACACUGCAUAACUCGGGGAGGAAACAGUCUUGUAAAAACAAAACAAGAAUUUCUUGACAGCUUUAAAUCUUGGAGAUAGCUGCUUGUCUCAAAGUACCAGUGGAGAUUAAAAAAAACAAGUUACAUGAUAUUGCCUGUUGAGUAUCUUUAUGCAGAAUGCACACGUGUGUAUGUAUGUGUGUGAGAGAGAGAGUUGUGAUAUAUGGCUUCUGUGAUUGAACUCUGCAAAGUUUAUGGCUUCUUUUUUGAUGUUUCAUUCCUACCCAACAGUUUAAUAGCUAUAAAUUGUUAUUGGAUGUUGCUUGUUUUUAUUGUUUAUUGGUUUUAGUUAAACAGCUCUCAAAGCUUCUGCAGAUUUAGCAUAUUCCUUAAUCUGUCUUUGCCACGCUGUGGAUUUCAGCAGGAGCUGGCAUUUGUUCAGCAUGCUUGAAAAUCAAGUUAUUUAUUUAGAAGCCUGAAUAAGGAGAAUGGGUAAGAUUUAGAAAAGCAACAUUGUUGGGCUGCUGGCCUUUGUGGAUAUCUGCCAUUGACUUCAAUGGGACAGAAUUAGACCAGCACUAAGUACUUUUGAAAAUUCCACCCGAGAAAUCUUGAUUUCCAGCUCCUGGUUUUAAAGAUAUUGGCCUAACUCUGUGACAAGUCAACCCAAGGUAGAAUUUUCCAAAGUGUCUCAGUGACACAGGUGCCCAAGUCACUUGAUUGUGCUUGUGUGAGAGUAGCAACAGCUUUAUUUUUAUUGUGUUUUAUUUCAUUUAGUUUUAUUUAAACUAUUGCAGAGAUUGGCCUGAUAAUCCAUUUGGUUCAUCAACAGCAGAGUGGCAGAGGCCAUAUAUUAGCGUUGGGCAUUUUCAGUGACUCCCAUAUGUUGCCUUUGGAAAGUUUAAGCAGUCAGAAGAAACUGUUAGCCCUGGUAUAUGCGUCAUAAAAGGCAUUGGCCUUGCAUAUUAACACCUAAGCCAUGCCAAAGCUUUUGGGAUAUUAGAAUGGCCCCAAACAGUGGAGGGGAAAAGGGGAUGUAGGGCUGGAUCCUGUUUUGACAGGCAAAGCACUUUUGCCUGCACUUAACUUUGAGAGUGUGAGCAGCCACACUGAGGCCAAGCCUAAACAAUUCACUAGAUCAGGGCCAGGAGCAUCCACAACUUACUACACCUGAGAUGCUGUGGUCUCUUCUCUUUCUGUGGAAUAAGGAAUAGUGUUGAGGUGUCACUCAGUAUCUGUGUAGAAGUUUUAAUACUCAGUGGAAGCACUGCAGAAGAUGCUAUGUGCACAUGCACACACACAUGCAUGCACAUGUGCAUACACAGUUGCUCACAGUUAAGCGACCCCACUGAUACAGACCAAACCUUACUGGAACUGGGGUCAGUCUGAGGCAUCAGUAAUGAGUAGAGCAGGGUCAAGAAGUCCAGGCUGUUAUCUUUUUCUCCAGUUGUUACUCUGUGCCCAUUUGCUAGUAUAAGAACCUCCCCUCUGUAAUCUCAUAUCAUAUUUGUUUGCUUUUAAUGUUGAGGUCCCAGUGGAUGUGUUUACAUGGGCAUGUUAAAGAGAUCUGUCCCUUUUUCAGCACUCACUGCUCAACUGUUUGGACUAUAAUGGAGCAGGGCUGAGGGGAUCUCCAGCCCUUCUUCCAUGAAAUAAAACCUGCUGCUCCAGCCCUGGAUGCAGCCCCUAUUUCAGGCUGGUGCAGGCCCUGUCCAGUAAGCAUAGACAGAGGUGCAACAGCCCACUUUCAACUCAGCAGUCAGUCAGAGCUAUGCAGACCAGGCACUGGCCCUGAUUCAUGAAAGCAUUUUUGCCUUUGCUGAAGCGCCAUGGGUAUACAUGGGCCUACCCGUGUACCUUCUUGAAUAAUAAUGCUUUCCUGAACUGAGGCAUUUCUUUUUUUCUGUUGGUACCAUAGGACACCCUUGGAUCUCCUAUGCUAUUCCACAGAACAGGUACUAGAAUGAUAAUUUUCUGGCAAACGAAAGCACUUAUAAAAUGCCCUCUCUCCCACUGGGGAAAAGGACUCAUGUGGAUAUUGUUAUAUCGUUUAAAUAAUAUUUUGAAAUUAAGUUUACAUUGCUUUAUUUUUCAUUCAAGGUGACUGUAAAUAAAUAUUUCCUUCUAUUUUAUCAUUGCUGGAGUAAGCCUAUGGUAUGCAGACAAAUAAUUCACCUCUGAUGUAUUGAAACUGUGAGACAUAGUAGAGUUCUCUCUUGUGUACAUGUUCAUGACUAUUACUCUGUUCCUCUGUGUUUUUAUAAGUCGGAAUAAUGUUGCUUUAGAGCAACAAAGAGUCUACAGCCUUCCAAAUGAUUUUUAUGUCAUUGAAAUCGAGCGAAGCAGUGAAGGAUUUCACAUAUGUAUAUGAUAUAUGUAUAUGUACAAACUUUAGAGAGAAAUAAACCAAAUGUACUUGA